AUGUCAAAAGAAGUGGACAAUUCUGAGGGUGUUCGCAUAUACAGCCCUCAAUCUCGAAGAGAAUCAUCGAAUUCUUCUGCUUUGCAUUCUAUCCAUUCGUCGGUAGCACACGCAGAGGAAAAUGACACAGAAAUCUUCUCUGGAGCAGCUUCGCAAGUUGUUCCAUCGUCUGUGUCAAAAUUCCAUCAUCACAUUCACUCUGUCAAUUCACCUUCUGUCGUUUCUCUAUCUCCCUCACAUAGUAGAGGGGGAGAGUCGUUUGUCCUAAGCGAGCCUUAUUUGGAUCAAACUGGGGAAACAGAUGAAAAUACAAAUACAACGGAUAGACAGUUUUCACAGAGAGCAAGAUUUAGUUUUUUCACUGCUGAUGAGAUCGAAUCUGCCAAGGGUGUCUCCAGUUUAAGGAGAAUGACUACAAAUUCACGCUCUGGCCCUGUUCCGGUUGAUUAUGACACAAACUGGAAUCAUUUCGAGGAUGAUUACACGGAUAGUGAGGCAUUGGCAUCUGAAGAUGAGUGUAGUGGUCUUUCUCCGGGAUUGGAUGCCACACAUGAAUCAGCAGAUUAUGGUAGCACCAAUAAUAGUAGAGAAGAUGAGUCCAAUGGUGAUACACAUGGAGCCGAGUAUGCCGAGAGGAGACUAGCAUACGAUGCUGAGAACGAGUUCAUAAGAAAGCAGCUUAGCGAUGAUGUGGUGGCAGGAAAUUACAAGAAAGCUGAUGUCAAGUAUCACGACCAGCUAUUUCUCCCCAAGUUUCCAGCCCGCAAUGAAAAUCAGCGAUUCUAUCUUGCUGAGGAGGAUCUUGUGGUUGGUAUUGCCUCUUACAGAAUAACGAAGAUGGGAUUGGUACUUUAUUACGUGAUCGUCACACUCACCUUAGGUCUUGGAUACCUAUUUUUCAGAUGGUUUCCUAGAUAUAAAAUACAGAUAUUGGCCGAGCGUGUCCCAUUAGGAAAAGCAGAAAUGGUAGUUAUUGAGGAUGAGUAUGGGCUCUUGGAUGUGAUCAAUGUGAAGCGAGAAUGGUACAAUAGGAGAAUAUCCACAUUCAUAUGGCCAUCCGGCAUAUAUCCUAAGGAGGACGAAGUUGGAGACGAGGAUGAUUCAAUUAUUCCUAUUCUCAUCUUUUUUGAAUAUCGUUACAUGAAGUUUUUCUACGACCCUAGAGUUGACCUCUACAGGUUGGCAACAAAUUGGCUUGAUAAGAGAUGGUGCCAUUAUCCUGAUCUCAAGGAUGGAAUAACAAAGGAAGUCCAUAUGGCAAGAAGGGACACUUUUGGGAAAAACAUAAUAGAAAUAAAAGACAAGUCAGUGUAUGCACUUUUACGGGAUGAAAUACUGCAUCCAUUCUACGCUUUUCAAAUCUUUUCCGUCAUCCUUUGGCUAUCCGAUAACUACUACUACUAUGCAUUUUGCAUCUUUAUAAUAUCCGUUCUAUCGAUCUCCCAGUCUUUGAUAGAAACACGACAGAAUAUGGAAAGAAUGAGACAGCUUGCUUUGUUUGAAUGCACAAUCCGGGUUCGUAGAAAUGGAUACUGGACGGAAGUUUCUUCAAGUGACUUAGUUCCAGGUGAUGUUUACGAAGUUUCAGAUCCUUCUUUAUCUAUUUUACCGUGCGAUUCAUUGCUUUUAAGUGGGGACUGCAUUGUUAACGAGUCUAUGCUUACUGGAGAAUCAGUCCCAGUGUCGAAAGUCCCGGUUGCAUCAGAUACUGUGAAAAAUCUAAAGCAAGAAUACACCGGAGCGAAGUUUUCUUCUCACUUCACCAAGUCCUUUUUGUACAGUGGAACAAAGAUUGUUAGGUGUCGAUAUGGUAAUAACGGUACGGAGCCAGCAACUGCAUUGGUCAUGAGAACAGGAUUUAAUACUACAAAGGGGGCAUUGGUUAGGACAAUGCUAUUUCCUAAACCCACAGGAUUCAAGUUCUAUGAGGAUUCAUUCAAAUAUAUUGGUGUUAUGGGACUUGUUGCCGGCAUUGGCUUUUUAUUCUCCAUCAUUAAUUUUGUUAAGCUUGGUGUCGACACAAAGACCAUCAUUUUGCGUGCGUUGGAUAUCAUCACCAUUAUUGUUCCACCGGCUUUACCGGCUACUUUAACCAUAGGUACAAGUUUUGCUUUGGCACGCCUUCGGAGGAAGAAUAUAUUCUGUAUUGCGCCAACGAGGCUCAACAUAGGUGGAAAAUUGGAUGUUGUGUGCUUUGAUAAAACGGGAACUCUUACUGAAGAAGGCUUAGACGUUAUGGGACUAAAUGUAUCGAAGUCCAUGACAGAUAGGAAGCAGCACGUGUUUUCCGAUCUCUUUGAGAAUUUGGAAGAAAUGAUGUCGCUGGAAAAGAAUAACAAACAGUCGAUGGAUCUAUUCUUAACAAUGCUUACAUGCCAUUCGUUAAAACUUAUCGCGGGAGAACUAAUUGGAGAUCCAUUGGAUGCAAAAAUGUUUGAAUUCACGGGCUGGAAAUUGAUUGAGGAGCCUUCUGAAAAUCAGCAGUUACAGCACUACAUAUUGCGGCAUAAAUUACCACAGAAUGCAAAUCCAAUAUUAUUUACCGCAAGCGAUGGAAACAAUGCCGAUCAAAGCUUUGUUCAGAUAAAGGAGUAUGAGUUCAUCUCCCAGCUCAGGCGAAUGUCUGUCAUAUGCCAGUCAUAUGACGAUGACGAUGAUGAGAUUAAAGUUUUCGUGAAGGGAGCACCAGAAGUUAUGGAAGAAAUAUGUCUUUCGGAGAGUAUCCCUGAAAAUUUCCAUGAAUUACUUUCGCAUUAUACACACUCCGGAUACAGGGUUAUUGCAUGUGCAACCAAAACCAUUACACGUCCACCACGUUAUCGUAAAAAUACGAAUAAUUUGACAUUUCUGAAUGAUUUGUCGCGUGAAAAAGUGGAGAGUGAACUAGAAUUCAUCGGUUUCAUAGUUUUUGAAAAUAAGCUUAAAGGAUCCACAAAGCGUGUUCUCACUGAAUUAAGAACUGCAGGAAUCAGAACCAUUAUGUGUACCGGUGAUAAUAUUCUUACUGCCGUGAGUGUGGCUAAGGAAUGCUCUCUUAUAAAUGACUCAACCAAGGUUUAUAUCGCUUCGUUUAACUUCAAAAAUCCGGCUUUUGGUGAUUCACCAGCACAAGGUCAGCCUCUGAUUGUAUGGAAUGAAGUUGAUAAUCCAGAUCUUCAACUAGAUGCGACUACCCUGGCACCAACAAAUAUAAACCAGGAUGAUAACUACUGUGUGGCAGUGACAGGUGAUGUCUUCAAGUAUAUUUUGACUGAGAUGGCGAAUCAGCAGUACUUGAUAGAGAGAAUGAUCAUGAGAGGUGCAAUAUUUGCUAGGAUGUCGCCAGAUGAAAAACAUGAGCUUGUCGAUCGGCUUAAAUCUUUGGACUACACUGUAAGCUUUUGUGGUGAUGGUGCGAACGAUUGUGGUGCGCUCAAAGCUGCAGAUGUUGGAAUUUCAUUGAGUGAAGCUGAAGCAUCUGUUGCUGCGCCAUUCACUUCCCGAACAUUUGAGAUUUCCUGUGUGCCCGAUGUGAUUAAAGAGGGCCGUGCGGCAUUGGUUACAAGUUUCUCGUGCUUCCAGUAUAUGUCGUUGUAUUCUGCCAUUCAGUUUAUCAGUGUUUCCAUAUUAUACAAAGAAGGUGUGAAUCUAGGUGACUUCCAGUUCCUUUACAUUGAUCUGUUCUUGAUAAUUCCAAUCGCCAUAUUCAUGUCAUGGUCAAAAGCAUACCCAAUCAUGUGCAAAAAGAGACCCACCGCUAAUCUAGUGUCUCCAAAAAUUCUUAUACCUCUACUUGGCUCCAUCCUCAUCGAGUGCUUUUUCCAGAUAUUUGGCUGGCUUUGGGGCAAACAUCCUCAAGAACCGUGGUAUCGCAAAGCUGUUCCGGGCAAUGAUGAAGAGGUGAAAUGUUCUGAUAACACUGUUGUUUUUCUCUUUGCGAAUUUCCAGUACAUUUUUGCUGCAUUGAUGCUAACGGUCGGGCCUCCAUACAGAGAAUCUGCCAUUAAGAAUAGGCCUUUCAUUAUAACAAUCAUACUCACGAUUUGCUUGUCGAUCGGAUUGAUGGGUAUUGAUCCAGCUUCCUGGUUUGGAGAUUUGAUGGAUUUGACAUGGACACCAUGGUCUUUGGAUAUUCAACUAUUGAUAUGUGCGUUUGUCAAUUACGCAGUUUUAGAGUUUGGCCAGAAGCACUUAUUUAUGAAGAUCGCCCGAUUCUACAAACACAUGUUUGGAAGAAAGAAGUCCAAGAAGAAGUUCAAAAACUUGAAAAAGGAAUUUAGCAGUUUUGGCCUAGAGGCAUAA